UGCGACCGGCGUUUUGAGGGGGUUCCCUUCAAACCUGACCGAAUCGUCUCUCCGGGGCGCGGUCACACCGGCUCGCUUGGGUUCCGCUAGUGAGCAGUCACGCUAGAGAACACGGCUGCCAGACCUUUCCCCCCCGGCCCUAUAGAGAGCAUAUAGGUGCCACUGGCGGCUGCUGCGCAGGGCAUUGAACAGGCAUGCACGGGCGAUGCUAUACUGCGUGGCAGAGCAGUAGGUUGGGUAAUCGAAGGAGUUUCUUGUCUCCGAUUUCUUCAAAUAACUCGGUGUUUCGUCUUGAACCUAGAAAAAAAAUAUCCCUAAAUGCCCGGCGUAAGCAGACGGAGGAGAGGGCGCGGGUUUUGCUUUGGAAUUGUUGCCGGAGACCGCUGUUUUGAAGUGACCGUCGCUAAGUUGGGUGCUGAAAAGAAGUUUAUAUAACUGAGGAAGACCUUAGUGCAGAGAGACGCUCAUAGUUAAGGCCUUAAUGAGAAUUGGGGUGGGGGGGAGGUCACACAGAGCUUGCCCUGAAAGGAUUAUUAUUUUCUUAACAAAUUACAUGCAUAAGCUUAAAUCGUCUCAGAAGGACAAGGUCCGCCAGUUUAUGGCAUUUACCCAGGCUGGUGAAAGGACUGCUAUAUACUGCUUAAUGCAGAAUGAAUGGAAGCUAGAAGUGGCAACAGACAACUACUUCCAGAAUCCAGAUUUGUACUACAAAGAAUCCAUGAAAAAUUCAGUAGACAGGAAGAAAUUAGAACAAUUGUAUAAUCGGUACAAAGACCCCCAAGAUGAAAAUAAAAUUGGCAUUGAUGGGAUUCAACAGUUCUGUGAUGAUUUAAGCCUGGACCCAGCCAGUAUCAGUGUUCUGGUUGUAGCAUGGAAGUUCAGGGCAGCUACUCAAUGUGAAUUCAGUAAAAAGGAAUUUGUUGAUGGCAUGACAGAGUUGGGGUGUGACACCACAGAAAAGCUAAAAACUCUAUUGCCAAGACUGGAACAGGAGCUAAAGGAUCCAAUGAAGUUCAAAGAUUUUUAUCAAUUUACUUUUAACUUUGCUAAAAACCCUGGACAAAAAGGUCUAGAUCUAGAAAUGGCAAUUGCAUAUUGGAAUUUAGUCUUGUCGGGAAGGUUUAAAUUUCUAGAUCUCUGGAAUAAAUUUUUGUUGGAACAUCAUAAAAGAUCAAUUCCAAAAGAUACUUGGAAUCUUUUGUUAGACUUUGGAAAUAUGAUUGCAGAUGAUAUGUCCAACUAUGAUGAAGAAGGAGCAUGGCCUGUUCUUAUAGAUGAUUUUGUGGAAUAUGCACGACCAGUAGUCACAGGAGGAAAACGUAAAACUUCCUAACCCCAGACUUGCCAGUAUGGACUAAACGUGCGCUCUGAACUGCAUUAGGUAACGAAGAUUUGUUGACUGAUAACUGUGCACACUGUUGCUGGUUUCAGUGGUCGUGGUGACAUUCUGCAGACAAAAGUGAAAUUCUUCCUUCCUGCCUAAAGAAAAUGAUGGCUGACUUGUGGACACUUCAAGAACAAACUCAGAAGAUAGUCCAGGCUGUUUGUAGGCUAUUGGCUUCAAUUAUUGUACUGGUUGUAUCAUAUAGGAUGUAGAUUUUGCAUGAUUUUAUACUUCGGAGAAGUUUAACUAGAGGCCAUUUUAUUACAAUUUUGACAGCACAGCAUGCAAUUCAGUUCGUGAUCCAAAGUGAACACCAGCAGUUAUAUAAAUAAAACUGUAUUAUAUUGUACUUAUAUUAAAAGCAGUAUUUGUGGUAUAUAAAUUAAAUCCCGAAAUAAAACUUAUGCAGUAUGUUGUAUUUUUAUAAAAGUUAGUUCCGUGGAGCUGUCCUAAUAUAGAAUUGUUAACAAAAUAAAAGAACACUUAUGCUUUUUUUA